UUGGAAUGACGUCGUUGACAAGCUGCGGGCUAAGCAGGAGAUAGUUGCUCUUGUUGCUUUCGAAGUUUGAUAUUUAGCUAACUUAUUACCAGCUGGAGACGUUUGCACAUUUGGGAAACACAAUUCACCAUGUAAAAACCAUCUGAAACUUUUAAACAUUGGAGCUGACCGCAGGUUUACUGAUGUGGACUCGCUCACCGGAGACUGAAACUCGGUCUGUAAGUGUGUAUAUGUUCCUGCUAGUCAGCGCUGUGUAAGCUGCCGACAGGUUGGACGGUAAAAUGGUGCCUUUUCAUACGGCCUGUGCAUUGUUAGGCCUUGCACCUCUGUUGGUGCUCGGUGUCCCUCCAAUUUGGACUCAACCAGAGCAAGUUCACCUCUCCUACACAGGAAUACCAGGCUCAAUGGUGGUGACCUGGACCACCUUCAAUAAGACGGAGACUGAGGUGGAGUACGGCCUUCUUGGGGGUCGGCUCUUUGAAAUGAGCGCCAAAGGCAAUGCCACUUUGUUUGUGGACUCAGGGGAGGAGAAGAGGAGGAUGUUCAUCCACAGAGUGACCCUCACAGACCUUAAACCUGCUUCUACAUACGUCUACCACUGUGGCAGUGAUGAAGGCUGGAGUGAUGUGUUUUCUUUCACUGCUCUGAACGACAGCCUCAGUUUCAGCCCCAGGUUUGCUCUUUACGGUGAUCUGGGCAAUGAAAACCCUCAGUCUCUGGCCCGACUGCAAAAGGAGACUCAGCUUGGCAUGUAUGAUGUCAUCCUUCACAUAGGGGACUUUGCCUACGACAUGCAUGAGGACAAUGCCAGGAUCGGAGAUGAGUUCAUGAGGCAGAUCCAGUCCGUAGCCGCCUAUGUGCCCUACAUGACCUGUCCAGGCAACCACGAAGCUGCAUACAACUUCUCUAACUACAGGAAUCGCUUCAGCAUGCCAGGCCAGACUGAGAGCCUGUGGUACAGUUGGAACGUGGGGUCAGCGCACAUCAUCUCCAUCUCCACAGAGGUUUACUUCUAUCUCGAGUUUGGCCUGGAUCUUGUCUUUAAGCAGUAUGAGUGGCUAAGGAAAGACCUGGAGGAGGCCAACAAGCCAGAGAACCGGGCAGUUCAUCCAUGGAUCAUCACCAUGGGCCACAGACCCAUGUACUGCUCUGACGAUGACCAGGACGACUGCACUAACUUUGACUCCUUUGUCCGACUGGGGAGAAGUGACAUCAAACCACCAGCUCCUGGUCUAGAGGAUCUGUUCUACCACUAUGGAGUGGAUGUGGAGUUGUGGGCACAUGAGCACACAUAUGAGAGGCUUUGGCCUGUCUAUGGUGACAAGGUGCACAACGGCAGCACGGAGCAGCCAUAUAUUAACCCGAAGGCUCCAGUUCACAUUAUCACAGGCUCUGCUGGAUGCAGAGAGAGGACUGACAAGUUCAAUCCAAACCCCAAAGAGUGGAGUGCUUUCCGCAGCACAGACUACGGCUACAGCCGCAUGCAAGUGCUGAACGCCACCCACCUUUACUUGGAGCAGGUCUCAGAUGACCAGUAUGGCAAAGUGAUUGACAGCAUAUGGGUGGUGAAAGAAAAACACGGCUUAUCUGCCUGGCCAUGAAGACUGUCAUCCUUAAAAAGGAAAUCUACUCUCACAUGCACUUUAGAUUAACUUGUUUUUCUACAAUGCAGUAAAAAUACAGUUGUUCAUUUUUUAAUCAAGAAUUGGUCUUUUUUUGCGAUCAAUGUCACGAUCAUCAACUGUAAAUGUGUAUAUAUAGAAACUGCUUUACUUAACUGUGGUAACAUGGAUUAAAAUCACGGCUUUUAAAUCAGUUUUUGGAUUGGCUUACUUUAAUCCAUCACUGCAGUCAGACUUUAGUUGCAUAAGUUCAUAGCACUUCAUUAACUACUACGUGAAUCCCUGCCGUGAUGCCUGAAUAAUCGAGAGACAACAGACAGAGUCCACUUAAAUCUGGCUGGCUGGAAGCUCCGUUACCUUCAGGGCAUAUUUUCAUUUCAAAAAAAUUUGUGCGCUGAAUAGUGAGCAGGACCCUUCUCGCA